AUGGAAUAAAAUUUGAAACGCGAUGGUGAAGUUGCCACAAAAAUAAAAAAUAGCAUUCAUAAUGCUAAACGUACUCCAGCUACUGCACAACGAUUAAACCAAUAUAACAUGGUUUUCUUCGAUAUUUCAAUAAACAAUAAUGAAGUUGAUCGUAUUCAAUUCGAAAUUACAAAUAUUAUUGUUAAACAUCUGGAAAAUUUUGAACAUGCUGUUGAUGCAUUUAUCACUUUACAUGAAGUUGUUGAAGAAGACAAAGAAGGAAUUGUAUCGCCAGAAGAACCUGAAAUCUUAAAAAACUAA